GCCAUGUUUGUGCGGGGCGGUGCUUCCGCCAGCGCUGCAGUGGGGCACUCCGCAGGGGCUCGGCCCGCCAUGGAGCAGUGGGCGCGCUCCCAGCUUGGGCUGUGGUUGCUGUUGCUACUCCUGUCCCCAGUGCCGGGCCGCCAGAAGGAGUCAGGUUCAAAAUGGAAAGUAUUUAUUGACCAAAUUAACAGGUCUUUGGAGAAUUAUGAACCAUGUUCAAGUCAAAACUGCAGCUGCUAUUAUGGGGUCAUAGAAGAGGAUCUGACUCCUUUCCGAGGAGGUAUCUCAAGGAAGAUGAUGGCGGAGGUAGUCAGACGGAAGCUAGGAACUCACUACCAGAUCAUUAAGAACAGAUUAUACCGAGAAAAUGACUGCAUGUUUCCCUCAAGGUGUAGUGGUGUUGAACACUUUAUUUUGGAAGUUAUUGGACGCCUCCCUGACAUGGAGAUGGUGAUCAAUGUACGAGAUUAUCCUCAGGUUCCUAAGUGGAUGGAGCCUGCUAUUCCAGUCUUCUCCUUCAGUAAGACAUCAGAGUACCAUGAUAUCAUGUAUCCUGCUUGGACAUUUUGGGAAGGGGGACCUGCUGUUUGGCCAAUUUAUCCUACGGGUCUUGGACGGUGGGACCUCUUCAGAGAAGAUCUAUUAAGGUCAGCAGCACAGUGGCCAUGGAAAAAGAAAAAUUCCACAGCGUAUUUCCGAGGAUCAAGGACAAGUCCAGAACGAGAUCCUCUCAUUCUUCUAUCUCGGAAAAACCCAAAACUUGUUGAUGCAGAAUACACCAAAAACCAGGCCUGGAAAUCUAUGAAAGAUACCUUGGGAAAGCCAGCUGCUAAGGAUGUCCAUCUUGUGGAUCACUGCAAAUAUAAGUAUCUGUUUAAUUUUCGAGGUGUAGCUGCAAGUUUCCGGUUCAAACACCUCUUCCUGUGUGGUUCACUUGUUUUCCAUGUCGGUGACGAGUGGCUGGAAUUCUUCUAUCCACAACUGAAGCCGUGGAUUCACUAUAUCCCAGUCAAAACAGAUCUCUCCAACGUCCAGGAGCUGUUGCAAUUUGUAAAAGCAAAUGAUGACAUAGCUCAAGGAAUUGCUGAAAGGGGAAGCCAAUUUAUUAUGAACCACUUGCAGAUGGAUGACAUCACCUGUUACUGGGAGAACCUAUUGACUGAAUACUCUAAAUUUCUGUCCUAUAAUGUAACAAGAAGGAAAGGCUAUGAUCAGAUUGUUCCCAAAAUUUUGAAAACUGAACUCUAAUAGUCAUCAUUGGACCAUAGUCCUCUCUAUGGCAGCAGAUCUCAGAAAUUCUGUGGUGAGAAGCUUACCAUGAGUGUGGCACCUAUACCUUGAAUACUGUUAUCAAGCCAAAUAUCUGGUUUUCCUUAUCAUGCUACACCCAGAGCAACUCUCAAGAAAGAUCCAAACUGUGUAUAAUACAGAUGAAGCAGCUCAACGCUUGGCUGAAUAAGGACCAGAAAUCAUGAGAUGUGGAUAUUGAAUCCGAUUCUACCUUUCGUUUUCUUCGGACCAAUCACAGCUUGUGCCUCAGAUCAUCCACAUAUAUAUGUCCAUCACUGUGAAAUUGACUGUGUCCAUGGGAUGAUGUCUUGUCCCAGUGCUUGGAGCAGAAAAUCAAUUAUUUGGAACUAGUACAACUCACCACCGCAAUUCUGCAUUUACUUUAGGCUUGAUUUUUGUUACUAUAUUUUAAUGUAGGAAUUCCUAUAGGAUUUGUGAAAAAUACUUGGGGGUCAUUUCCUGAAAGGUCUAAGGAAGCAGUAGUUGUGCCAUGCAAUGACGUAGUUCUCUUUUGUAAAAACAUAAACUCUUUGGUACUCAGGAAGUUUCUAUAAUGCCACAUACAAAGGGGCCAGUUGCAUGAGUAAUUAUUGCAAUUGGAUCUCAAGUUCCCUUUUUGUGCCUUCACACCCUUUUUAUGGUCUCUUCAAA